AUGAAAAAUCGGAAAAAUGAAUUAUUACUAUCCAUGUUUUAUCAAAAUAAUAGAAAAAUAAAUACCUGGAAAAAAUAUAUAACAACAAAAAUAAAUUAUAAAAAUAUAAAUAAUUUUAAGAUAUGGGAAUAUGAUAAUAGCAUAUUAAAGGUUGAUUUUUUUUGUAGUGAUAAUUUUAAGCUUUACAAAGACAAAGAACUUUUACAAAAAACAAGAAUAAGCACAUUUAAAAAUAUUCAUAAAUCAAAUAUAACAUAUUUAUUUUUGUUUAUAGAGUUUAAGAAAGAGUGUGCUGACCAUUUUAUUAAUCAAAUAUCACCCAUAAAUAGUAUACACAUCCAGAUAUUAACGAAAUUAAACUACUUAUUUAUACUAAAAAAAUUUAUAAAAAAUGAUAAAGUUCUUAAUAGAUAUUUUAUGUACCUUUUUUGGAACAACUCUGAUUAUUCAAAAGAAAUAAUUAAUAGUAAUGUAGAAACUUGUAAUAAUAUAUUAAAUUUUUAUCAAGGGAAAAUAAAAGAUGGCUAUCAAAAUAAUAAAAAUUCAAAUAUAAAUGAUGAUAAUAGUUUAAAUAAAACAUAUCUUAAUAAUCCCACAAAUGGCUACCUCGAUGAAGAUAAACUUAUUUUUCAAUCGAUCCAAACCCUCAUUGAUUUUCCUGAUUAUGAAUAUUAUUUAAAACAUGAAAUAAAACAAAAUGAGAAUAAUAGUAAUAUUAAAAGAAAUCUCAAUAUUUUAGAAAAUUAUAAAUUGAGUAAUAUACUUGAAAAUGUGAACAAGAAAAAAACAGAAAAAUAUAAAAUAAUUAUUUAUAGCAAUGUUAAUAAUAAAUAUAUAAAACAUGUAUAUUUAAAUGAACUAGAGAAUAAUAUAAAUACUCAAAUAAAUUGUUUGUAUAUGUUUAAUAACAAACUAAUGAACAAAAAUAUGUUAUUAUCUUUGUAUAAAUUUUAUAUAUAUUUCAAAGAAGAAGUAAAACAGAAAAAUGAAUUUUUAUUUUUUUUGGACAGACUUUGUGAGCAUGUAUUAAAUAGCAUGAAUGUAGUAGACAUUGCUUUUAUUUUUUACACACACAUUAAAUUAAAUUAUUAUAAUCAUUUGUUUUUAUUAAUAUUAAUUAAAAGACUUGAAAAUAUUUUACAAAAAAUUGAAAAUAUUAAAAAGGGCCAAAAUGAAAGCAACAAAGAACUAAUAGAGCAAUAUAUUAAUAAAAUAAAACCUUCUACUAAAUCAAUAAUACUUUUUUUUCAUUCUUUAACAAAUUAUUGUAUAUAUUUAAAUAGUGAUAAUACUGAUGUUGGGCACAAUAGAGAAAAUAUAACAUUUAUUAAUGAAUUUAUAUACACCACAUUUUAUGAAUAUUUACAAAAAAAUUAUUUUGAAAAUAAAAAUUCUUAUAAAUCACUCACGACCUUGGACUUUAUAGGAUUAUAUUCUUCCUUGUUAAAAUUAAAUUUAAAAAAUAACAAUCAAACAUUGUCUUUUCUUAAAAAUAUAUUAUUUGAUUUUUCAAUUUAUCAAAGUCUUAGAUUAGUAGUAAAUGGGUAUAAUACAAUUGAUGCUAAUGAAGAUUCUGAAAAAAUAAAAGAAACUCAAAAGGAUAUUACUAGUAAAAACAUUUUCAAUUUAAAAAGACAAAAUGAAAACACAUCUCUCAAUAUACAAGAAUAUGCAAUGUUUUUAAACAAUGUUUCAAAAUUUUUUGUUAAAUUUAAUUAUACUAAUAAUGAAUACAAAAAAAUAAUAAAAUGUUUUACAACAAUAUUUGAAACUGGUUUUAUAUUAAUAAUAAAAUUAUUUAUCGAUACUAAAUUUUUUACACAUUUUAUUCAAGAAAAAAUAGAUAACACAAAAAUAUCUUUUUUUGAUACUAUUUAUUUUAAAUCACAAAAUAACUACAACACGAUUGAUAUAAAAAAAAAAAAAAAAAAUUUUAAUGAAAAAUUAGAGAGCAUAAGUUUGAAUUAUUCCAUAUUGAUUGAUUUGCUAAAAAUAAACAAAAAAAUAGAAACUGCUAAUGAUUCUUUUAUCUUUAACUCUGACAAAAAUUAUGACCCCAAUUUAAGACAACAACAUAUAAUAGAAAUACCUAAUAAAAAAAUAGGACCUAAUUAUCCACCUCCAUAUAAUAUUAAUAAUGUAGAGAAAAACAUAAAAUAUAUCGUUAAUAUAUUAAAUUCAAAUUAUAAAAUUCUUAAACAUAUUAUUAGCAAUUAUAACAUAAAUGAAUAUAGUAAAUGUUUUAAUAAAGUUUUAUUAUAUAAUUUUUUGAAUAAACUUAUAAAUAACAAUAAAUAUAUAAAUUAUUAUUUACCUUAUAUAAAUAAAUUAAAUAAUUAUAUCAAUAACACACAUUUAGUAUAUAGUAAUAAUAAAACAAAUAUAAAUAAUUUGUUCAUCGCUAAUUAUAUUUUCAGUACAUAUCUCUCUGAUUUUAUUAAUUUAUAUUUAAAAAAAAUAAAGGAAGAAUUACAAAUAAAUAAAAUAAGUCAUGAUUAUAUUUGUAGACUUAUUAAUAAUUACAAUGGUUUUUCACAAAUUGUGAGUAAUACAUUAGGAGCAAUACAAAAUUUAAAAAUUUUGCGAUAUGAUAUUUUUUCAAAUGUGGGAUUUUUAAUUAAAAAAAAUAUAUUCCCAUUAGAAUUUAUUCAUAUAGUAAAUAUUUUGCAUUCCUAUUCUUCUUUUAAAAUACGAGACGAAGAAUUGGUUAAAUAUUUAUUAAAUAAAAUGUAUUACAAAAUAAAUUUAGAAAAAAAAAAAAAUAUUAAUAUUAUAGAAGAUCAAAUUUUAAGUAACAUAAUAAUUGCUUUACUAAAAUUAGACUAUUUUGAUGAACGAUUUAGUAAUAUAAUUUUUGAAAAUUAUAAAAAUAUUAAAUCUAUACAAUCUUUAAUAAAUAUUACUUUUUAUAUUUGUUAUUAUAAUUUAAUUGAUAGAUUUCUAAAAGAAAACCACAUAAAUUAUUUCUUUCAACAAAUAAAUAUAUUUGAUAUAAACAACUUAACUGUGGAAAAUAAGACACAAUUGAAAUUAAUAUCCUAUUUAAUAUUACAUGUUCAUAAUUAUAUUUAUUGUAGUCAGAAAAAAAAAACAAGCAUAAUUCCCAAAAUACACACUUUCUCCACAAUAUCAUCCAAUUCUAAUCUUUUAAAAAAAUACACUGAAGAAAUAAAAUGCAAAUUAUUGGAAAACAAAAUUAAAGAUUCAAAGGAUUUAACUUACUUUAUUUACGCUGUUAGUAAACUGUACAAUUAUAUUACAGUUUUUAAAAAUGUGAAAAAUUUCUUAAAUUGCAGUAGUAGCAAUAUACUUCAUAAAUAUUUUAGAAAAUAUAGAAAUAAAAAAAAAAAAAAAUGCAUAUAUUCUUUUAUUAAGUACAACAACAUUCUGGAUAAUAAUUUAUUAUACAGAAAAUUAAUAAAAAAAUAUCAAGGGGUAGAACUUUUUAAUAAAUUAGAAAAUAAUUCAAAUUGCUAUAUAAACAAUACUCCAUUUUAUGACACACAUAAUAAUACAAAUGAUGUUAACAGAAACUUACCAAAAAAUAAAAACGAAAACUGUAUUUUAAAAAUAAUGGACGUUAAUAAGUAUUCCAUUGAUAUGCUUAAAAUUUUGAAUUAUAAAUAUAUUCAUAAAAGUAAUGAAUAUAUAAACAUGUUAUAUUUGAAAAAUUAUUUUGAUCUUCAUUUUAUUGGAACAUUUCCUUUCUCACAAACACCCAUAAAUACAACAUCCAAUCUACAUAAUGAAAUAUAUAACAUAAUAGUUUCGUUGGGCAUUAAACGAAAAAUCAUAAAAGAGCUUCCACAUUAUCCAUAUUAUGUUGAUAUAGUUAUUAUAUAG